AUGGGAAAUGAAAAGGAAGGAGGCAGCGUGGAACCGGAGGGCUUCAACAAAGCUGGAGCACAAGCACAAUCCUCCACCACAAGUGAGGAGCUGGUUGGUCUGCGUCGGCAGCGUGGCACCAAGAGGGCAUCUGUAACUCGCAUCCGCAAGUUUUUAGAGAUAGAAAUAGAGAGACACGCGAGUCGUGACGACAUUCAAGAUCUACAUGGGAGGCUAAAGGACGCUUUUGGCGACUUGAGAAGGAUUCACCAGCUUUACGAAGCUCUGGUUGUGGAUCAAGAGCUCGAGGAAGCACACGAGUAUGCCGAUCGUCUGGAAGAAGAGGAAAGUAUAAUCAGAGGAAAGGUACAGCAGUAUCUCCAGCAUCUGAAAGAAACCCAGUCAUUGGCGAGUGCAUCACGUCGAAGUCUCAGUCGAGCGGCAUCACGUGCCUCGAAGGAGACCGUUGUGUCAGCACGGUCGAAAGAGGCAGCUGUGGAGCUUGAUGACGCUGACCGGAAGCUGCAGGACAUGAGAGUGCAGUUUGAAGAGGAGCACCGGAUCAGACUGGAACGUCUAAAGAUGGAAGAACGUAGACAGCAGGAGCAACUGGAUAUGGAGAAACGUAGAAGACAGGAGGAGAUGGAGUUAGAAGAACGUGAAAUUGCCAGCUGA